UUUUCAUUCAUCAUUCAGAGUUCAAACGUGAAUAGUAAACGCGUUCCGCUGAACAUGUCCGCUUUCUGUGUUUUUUGACGUAAAUAAUAAAGAAAUUGUUUUGUGCAUUUCAUCUACGUGUUGAAUUUUGGUGAUUGUUAAAUUUUAUCAUGUGUGUGAUUGUGUUGUGAGCUGUUCUUAUGAGGCUGUUGUACAAAACUGGUCCGAUGGAGUCUCUCAGAAAAUGGUUUUACAAACCAAAGAGGGACGACCGUUCGCUGCUAGCGCAGUUUUUCUUCGCUGACGAUGCGUUAAACAUGAUAGCUGCUGAGUUGGAUUCGUUUGAUGGAAGAAAAGACCCAGAGAGGUGCUCCACACUCGUCAACCAACUCCGUCAUGCGCAGGAUCGAGUACUAAACAUAACCAGUCAGAUAAUGGACCAGGUGCUUGGCGACGAGCGGGUGGCGAGGGGUUUCCGUGUCAAAUUCCCAGAGGACGUGUUGCAGGACAAUCUCGCUGGACAGCUUUGGUUCGGUGCUGAGUGUCUGGCAGCCGGUUCCUCAAUAAUGAACCGUGAAGAGGAAUCGGCGGCUAUGCGCCCCUUGGCCAAGGCACUCACGCGCAGUCUGGAGACUGUCCGGUCUCUGCUACGCGAGCAAUGCCUAAGACCACGUGGCCUGGCCUUGCAAGACCACGAUGAUAUGUUGCACGAGAGUCUACGUAUUUUUGACAGAUUGUUUGCCGAGUUUGAGCUAUGCUAUGUCAGUGCAAUGGUUACCGUAAAAACCCCUCACGAAUUCGAAGCUCAGCAGCUCAUUUGUGUGCUAUUCUCUGAGAGCCUUCGAAGGGCGCUCAAACACAAUCUUCUCACUCAGGAACAGGUGGAUUCAUAUGACCCUGCUUUAAUGUUUGCCGUGCCUCGACUAGCUAUUGUCAGCGGUCUACUCAUCUACUCUAGUGGACCACUAUCUAUUGACAAGCCUCCAGAGGAAAUGUCAGACAUGUUCCGUCCAUUCCGCACUUUGCUGCACAAGAUCCGAUCAUUGCUGUGGACUCUCGACCGUCGCGAGCUGAUGGUCUUGGAGAGACUGCUGUGCACUAACGAAGAUGUGUCCUGUUUAGCAGGCUUGGAACUGCCGCCAGUGGAAGACUCGUCGGGUGAUUCGUGCUAUCCUGACAUUGGUGAAUUCGUCUCAAAAUUCUACGCGGAUCAUGCGCACUGCCGAGAUCUAUAUACACAACAAAGUUCCAGCGAAAGAACAAUAACCGACGCGGACUACCUUCCAGACAAUAUUGAGGUUAUGACACCAAUCAUAGACGGACUCAGACGACUAGACGAGGUCACAGACGAAACGGAAGACACAGACAGACACACAGACACAGCGAGCAUAGACACCUUCCAAACUAGCGACACAGAGAGAUCCAGAAAGAUUAGCAGAGACACCGAUCUAUCCUCAAUACGAAACCUAUCAACCAAUGGCCUUAUGACUUUCGACCCACUUCUAAUAAACGCAGUAUCCACAGACAACAGACAAAUACCGGAUCAAGAACUAGUAACAUCACUGAACGAGCAAGUCACCGAAAUCGCAGAUCGAUUAUCGUCAAUCGUUAGUGAUGUGGAGAUUCUCGAUCAGAUGCAUUCGUUCUCAACGAAUGACGUCACAUUGACGGACGAUUCGGAGGCGUUCGGAUUUUCAGGACCUCGGAACGAACAGUUAAGCUGUAUGCCCAGCACUAGUCAUGGAUAUUUGAUACCAAACGCGAUAAGCCAAGAGCCCGUCGUCCUAGCAUCAUUAUCGCAUAAUAAUUCCGCUGUUUUUAACCAGGAUGAUGAAAAUACGCCAAACGAUUUACUGAUGAUGCCAGAUUUGGAAGCGGAAAUUGUAAAUACUAAUAUAAGCAUAGCUAACGUUAAUUUGAGCUCAUUGUUACUAACAAAUGAGGAAUUUAGGAACAUAAUAGAAGAUGAAAGCGAAGAUAAUGCUAGUUUUCAUUCAGCGAAAGAAGACGAUAGGGUUAAAUUUAUUCUAGGAUAUGAGAGUGAUCACGAAUCGCCAGUCGAUUCUGGCGUAAGCACAGAAAACACUAGUCUGGACAGAUCGCCAGAUGCCGACCAGAAUAAAAAGAAUAAUUUUAUUGAAAACAGGGUGAAUGAAGAGUUCAAUGUUAAUAUUAAUUAUAAGGAAUGUGACGAACAGAAAAAUGAAGCUGGAUCGUCAGAAAUUGUGAUAGAUAGGCUGAAUGGGGAGAGUUCUAGUGUAAAUAAUUGCAAUAACGAAGAUGAGUUUAGGACAAUAGAAGAAGUUAUUACAGAAUUACGAAGACAAAGAAUAUCAGAUAAGAAUCUAAACACGGUGGUAGAGGAGGUUACAGAACCCACAAACUCUUCUAAAAAUACGAGUAGGAAGAAGAGAAAGAGUGGCGGGAAGAGUAAAAAGAAGAAAUGGUCUCCCAGUAUGGUCACUUUGGACAGUAGACACGCGCAAAAUGCACCGCUCAAAUUGAAUUUGGACCACUUUGUUGAUGAAAGCGGCACAUCAUGCGGCACCUCGGAAUGCGCAGACGACGAACAAAUAGCGUUAGCUUUGCAGGCGCAAGAGUUGGCUGCCAGACAUCAAGCUAGAGCAAAGUUCAAAUCUAGUGAAGAUUUAAUCCAUCGUCUGUUCGUCUGUAUCGCUGGCGUAGCUGAUCAGUUGCAGACAAACUUUGCGGCAGACUUACGGAACAUAUUAAAAGCCGUGUUCCUUAUGAAUCAGACCAACGAUGCACCACCAGAAAAGGAGGAACCACCCGCAAUCGAAUACCAGCCGACUGAGGACCAAGUCAUACAAAAUGGUAGUUCAUUUGACAGUGUAUAUUCGGCAGAAGAAGUAUAUGCAGAUAGCAAUUCUGAUUCGCCCUCAGAAAGCCAUAUUGAGAGAAGAAAUACUGUUAAUUCCACUAUUAAUGAGGCCGUUAAUGAGAGCAGACGGAAAUCUGAUGCUGGGAACCUACAAGGAUCUGUCUCUACCGGUGAUCUCACUUUAAGCGGUAGAGAAGAAAGCGUUCUAGUAGAGCGUGCACCGGAGUGGGUUCCAGAUAUUGCGGCGGCUUCUUGUAUGCGUUGCACCGCACAUUUCACCGCCUUUAGACGACGCCAUCACUGCCGAAAUUGCGGCAAAGUAUUCUGUGCGUCAUGCAGUUCAAAUUCAAUACCUCUACCACGUUAUGGGCAAAUGAAGCCGGUACGUGUCUGCGAAGAAUGUUUCCAGGAUAUCGCAAGGAAUUGUAGACGGACAUCGUAUCGGUGAAACUGUUUUUGUUAUACUGUGGUCACGUUUAAAGCCAUAGUGGACGAUACCAAUGUAAAAUUGAAUAUCAGGAAUAAAUACAGUGUCAUAUGCAUAUCUGUUAAAGGUGAUUUACUAUCAAAUACUCAGAAUUUUUGAGCAAUUAUGACUUAAAGCAGCGAAUAAAAUGAUAAAAAAUCUUGAAAUUUUCGUAAUUUUUAGAUAGAUUAGUUUAUUUUGCUAAUAUCGAUUGAAAAAGGAUUAGUUAUUUUAAUAAAGUUAAUUGCAAAGGUAACGUUACGUUACCUAUACGUUACGUUACGUAUACGUUAGUGUUUAAUGGUAAUAUCACGCAAAUGGACACGGCAACGUAUAAUUAUGGAAAAUGUUCUUUAUAUUGGUUUCUUCCUGUAAUUAUAUUUUAGAAACAUAGUAAUGUAUAAGAAAUUGCCACAGACAAACCUGGUUCAACCUGUGCCUGAUAUGUUUGUAUUGUCUCUGUUGCAAGCAUCACAUUUUAAAUUCGCUCAAUAUUUUUUUUUGUUAAUUAAACUUGCAAUAACUAUUUAUGGGGUCGACUCUGAUCUUGGCACAUGUUUUCUAGGACCAAAAAAAAUAAUAAUAAUGCGUUUGAAUUAGUAAAAAUAAUAAUGAUUAAAGAGAAUAUAACGGUUUUAUUUAACUUAGUUAUUCACAAAAUAAAGAAAUUUCAAAUAUUGUAAAAAUCUUAUGGUGAUAAUUUAAUUCCACGCCUUCUACAAUAGCUUCCUUUUGACUUUAAAUCUUCGUCGUACGUAAGAUUAAUCUUCAAGAGUUUUCGCUAAGUCACGACAAUAUGAAGAGUUAGUACUGGCAUAUUAAAACAAAUAUAAUUUAAUUAUCACCGGCCGUACUCAGAGUCUUCCAUUAAAUUAUCUCUCAUAAUACAUUUAUCGAAGUUUAAACGUAAAAGACUGAUUAAAGGAAGCACGACAGAGGAAAACGUUUUAGCUUUCAAUUUGAAUUUCUAUUUUACUAAAUGGCUGUUUAAUGAUCGAUUCUGAGUAGUGCCGACAGUACAUAUGUUUUGAGGACCUUUUUGAAAUCGCUUGUUACCAUGGUAACUAAUUUUACUUGGAAAAAUAUUGAAACACUGGUAACACGAUAGUAUGGGAAGAUUUUUGAGUCGCGUCUUACCGCUAAGUACGCCUUCCAUGUGUCAAAUCUAAUGAGUCUGAAGAUCAUAUGUAAUGUAUCUUUAUUAUUUUUUAAUUCGUCAAAUUGUGUUUACUUUAUGAUGAAAAGAGAGAAAAAGAAAUUGCUUAACUUCUUACCUUUGACGAAGAUUUAAGUUUUAAUUUCCCUUUUUGACUGAUAAACGAUUCAAGGUAUUUUAAGUUAGGUAGCUCUCUAAUGCUUAAUUUAACCGUAGGUUUAUCGACGUGUUUAACUAAAUUUUGGUUUUAAAAUAAAAUAUUAAAUUGUCAAUAGACUCGGGAGUGUAUGCUUUUUCGCCAUAAAAGUUGACGAUAAAAAAGUGUACAAUUUGGCACAAUGACUUAGUACGUAUUGGUGUCCCGCUCGUAGCCCAAACAUAAGAACAGGACCACAAUACUUUUCAAUUUACUGUUUCUGAAUUGGUAUAAAAAAAUGUAUAAUGUACAAAAUUUUCUAAAAUAAUUGAUUAGGAAUUCCUCCUGGUCGGUUUUUUUUAAAUUUUUAUACAUUAUACAAAAUGACGUUGAAUAGAUCUAUUUUAAGUACGAAUGUUUAUAUUUUUAGCAAUAAUCGUUAAAAAAAUUAUAUUCCAUACAUUUUUAUAACCGAUUAGUAUAGUUAGUGUAAGAUUUAAUGUAAAUUUUGUAAGAUAAUGUACCCCUACAUUCGCUUUUGUAUAAUAAGAGGUACGUGAUAUCAAGAUACUGUUAAAAUGUAAAAUAAAUUUCUUAUAGAUUA